GUCGUGUCCAACCAAAGGCACAUUAUCGUACAGGGGAAUAAACCUGUGGACACAACAUGGUGUGGCACAGUAAUUGGUCACUUUUUUCUACAGCCUGGGCAUAAAUUGGGGAGUGACUGAUCCUUCGGUUAGUUUAAUAACGCCUUGUCUCUGUAAUGGAAAGUCAGUCACAGAUCGCAAGGCACUGCUUUUGGAUCACACCGUCGGCCAAUGAAGAGUUACUCUAUUUCGGUUUCUGAGUUGACUUUGAGCAUUUCGGAGGGAAAAGUGUUUUGUCUCUUAACAAAAUAGAAAACACGUCCCUUUAGCACUAGUCUCGUUGCUGAAGACGUGUCUUCUCUGCUCAGCGACUGACAACCUGACUUACCAGAAAUUCUGGAGACACGGAUGGCUUGUCUUAAUUCCUGCAUAGACUCGCGGUCAACAAUGAAGUAGGUCGAUUGUGGGAGUUCCGGUGACAUUCUGACAACAUUAUUUCAAAGAAAGUCAGGUUUAGCGAACCUAUGUCAUAGGUUCCAACUUCCAAAACCGACUUGAGGACGAAUAUCAUUGAUAUUAAGACUGUCCGGAGAUGCAGACGUUUCUGAAGGGUAAACGUGUGGGCUACUGGCUCAGCGAGAAGAAGAUCAAGAAGUUGAACUUCCUGACAUUCGUGGACAUGUGCAGGAAGAGGGGCAUUGAAAUAAUCCAGCUGGAUCUCAGUCGACCUCUGGAGGAGCAGGGUCCACUGGACGUGAUCAUCCACAAGCUGACCGAUCACAUCCUGGAGGCAGACCAGAAGGACACACAGGCCCAGCUACUGGUGCAGAGUGUUCAGGAUUACAUAGAUGCCCACCCAGAGGUUGUAGUCCUGGACCCAAUGCCUGCUAUCCGCACCCUACUGGACCGGGCCAAGUCCUACCAGCUAAUCCACAAAAUUGAGGGCUUAAUCCAAGAUGAUCGGAUCUGCUCCCCUCCGUUCAUGGUCCUGAGGAGUGAGUGUGGCGGAGAGAUACUGGCCCAACUCCAGCAGCAUGACAUCACCUUCCCCUGCAUCUGUAAGACCCAGGUGGCUCAUGGAACCAGCUCUCAUGAGAUGGCCAUCAUCUUCAGCGAGGAGGACCUGAGGAACAUCAAGCCUCCCUGCGUGAUCCAGAGCUUCAUUAACCACAACGCUGUGCUGUACAAAGUCUUUGUGGUAGGCGAGGCCUACAGUGUGGUCGAGAGGCCGUCUAUCCGGAACUUUCCCUCUGGCCCGACAGACAGGAGAGCCAUAUCCUUCAACAGCCACCAUGUCUCCAAGCCAGAGUCCUCAUCGGCCCUGACCUCUAGGGACAAUCUGGAAGGCCAGUCCCAAGUGCCAAGUGAUGACGUCAUUCAGAUGAUCUGCAGAUGCCUGCGACAGACCCUGGGAAUAUCCCUGUUUGGGAUUGACAUCAUCAUCAACACCCAGACUGGCCAACAUGCUGUCAUCGACAUCAAUGCAUUCCCAGGUUACGAGGGGGUUCCGGAGUUCUUCGACGACCUCCUGAGCCUCGUGACGAGCACGCUGCAGGCCCACGCCACCGUGGGCGGAGUCCCGCGGGCACACCCCUGGGCGGGAGGUGUGCAGGGACAGGGCAACCCCGCCGCCGUGGAAACGCUAGCCUCUGCCAAGCCCUGUGGCAUGCAGGAAAGCGAGGGCGGGGCCUGGAUCGUGGAUGAGGAGGGGAUGAGGAGGAGCCCACACCAGGGAAUGGGAUGCAGCUCGGGCAUGUCAGCGAGCUUCAAGAAGCACUGUGCACCCUCAUCUUUAGCAACCAAGGCCUCUUCCCAAUGACCGGAUAAUGUGUGUGCCAGUAUACUGUAAAUGAGUGAGAGAGUGAGAGAGUGAGAGAGUGAGUGCGCGUGUGUGUCUACUUGUUAAACACCAAGGCCUUGUCCAUGUUUAAUGGUUUACAAAGUGGUGGAAGAUCAACCCUUAUUGACUGAUCAGUCGAUGCCAUCUGACAGAGACUUUAAGGCAGCUUGUUUGUCUGUGCCAAUAGGUUUCUUCAGGAUUCUAACUGCAGCUUUUUGUUCAAAGGUUGGCAGUGAGUGAGGUAUUCACAACCAUUAACAGGACUGUGUUAGACAUUAAGAGAUACAAAAGGAGUAUUGAGAAUGAAAAGUUUAAUUUAAGUACUGGAUUCCAUGAUCUGUUUUCAGGUGUGAAUACUUGACUGUAUGAUGUGUAUUUUGCACUCUUGUGUCCUUGAACCCCAUCUAUAUAUGGGGAUGAGUUGAGGAACAGACGAGGCACCAAAUGCCUUAACAAAAUGUUUCAUUCCUUACUUCACUGCGAAAUAUCAGCACCAUCAUAUUUACAAUAAUGUCUUCAAAUCUGAUAUAGGUGAAUAAUACAGAAUAUUGGGUGGUAUGGGAAAUUAAUUUGAUGUGUGAAUUUUGUACUGAUUUGUAAAUUUUGCAUUAAGUUUAAUUAACUUAUGCAUAGGUAUGUAGUAGUCACUGUAAACCGCACAGCAUAUACAGUACAUACUGUUCUUUUUUAGUAGUAGGGGAGCAGAUCAGAGACACGUAUACGUAUACAUUUAUCAUCACCUCAGCCACCUGACCUUAGAAUGACAUGAACAUGAUGAGGUACAUGGACACUUUGUGUCUCUAGGGCAAGAAACUCGGGAGUAAGUCUGGCCCAGAUCUGGCCCAGAUCCGGCGCAGCUUUGCCAAAUCCACACCGGAGGAGAACCGUGUCUGUUGCGGAGUCAGCUGCUCAUAUGGCAGACAUAACCGAACAAGGGGAAGUCUGCCGUGAGAGACGGAGCGCCACCGUCACUAUCUCUCCAACCACUUGUGUAAUAUGUACUUUUCAUUUUCACGCGUAACCAUGACAACUACUGUAGAACAACUAAGGUUACAGUGCUGUUCAACCCAAGCGUGUUUGCUCUGGCAGUCUCUGGAUGUAUAGCCACUGUAUAUACACUAUACCUGCGUGUUGCACAUGAUAUAUGUGGUGGGGUUUUGUUCUUUGCACAUUUCGUUGGAGCAAAACUAACAAUUUUGGACAUUUAUGAAUCAAGUAUGAAGCAACAGGGGGAAAUAAAGACUGUGCGAUGAUGGGGGAAAAAGGA